UGUGCCAGCUCACCGGCUCGCACGAGCUGAUCCAGAGCGUAAAGACGAAAAAGACACGCGUGCCGCUCGCCCCGCACCAGCAACACCCGCUCCUGUUGCGUGAGAGGACUUCUGCUGACUUCAGGGCCGAACCCGCAUCCCGCGCCCCGCAUCAUGGACUCCGUCUACUCGGACAUCGACAGCAACAGCUGCGACUUCUUCACGCACACCGACGACGAGGACUCGCGCGGCUCCGCGUCGCCGCUGCGCGCGCCGCGCUCCCCGCAGCCCGAGCAGCAGCAGAAGAAGCGGCGCCGCGGCCGCGCGCGCAGCGAGGCCACCGUGCAGGUGGUGAAGAAGAACCGGCGGCUGAAGGCCAACGACCGGGAGCGGAACCGCAUGCACAACCUGAACGACGCGCUGGACGCGCUGCGGGGGGUCCUGCCGGCCUUCCCGGACGAAACCAAGCUCACCAAGAUCGAGACUCUGCGCUUUGCGCACAACUACAUCUGGGCGCUGUCGGAGACCAUCCGCAUCGCCGACCUGCAGGCGGGGAAGGCCCCCGGCGACGCCCCGCGGCUGCUCAGCCCCCCGUGCCUCGGCGAGGCCCCCAGCCCCGGGAGCGACGCGUGCUCCUGGAGCUCCAGCGGCUCCUCGUCCUCGUCCUCGCCGGCGUACUGCGCCUCCAGCCCGGGCAGCCCGGCCGCCCCGGAGGACUACAGCUACCUGCAGCAGGACGCGCUCUUCGCCUUCCGCAGCUUCGUGCCGGGCAUCUACUGAGCGAGCGGAGGGCUGCCGGCGGGGCCGCGCACCACAUGUAGAGACACCUGACGGACACUCAGCUCCCGCUGGAAUAAGAAUCACACUUUGCCUUACUGAGCUCAUUUCUUCUCCUCCACUGCGCUGACGGAUUGUAAAUGAGAGUAACUUAAUAAUUUGUUGUUAAUUUAGUUAUUUCCUCGUAUUUUGUAUAAUUUUCCAAAAACCUUUGCACUUUCCCCCUCUCUCCCUCCCUCCCUCCCUCCCUCUCAGCCAGUUGUUUUCCUCUUCUUCUUCUUCUAUUUUUUUUUUUUUACCUCGGAGGUGAAAAGUCAAUUUUACAAUUUGUAGAGUGAUAAAGCAGAAAAGAGAGCGUGAAAAUCGAGUUUCACCGCUGUGACAAUGGAC